CGACGAUGAUGCUCGAGAAUUCUUGUGGUCGGGGAAAGUUCUCCGAACUGAUGAUCUACCUAGAGGCUGUCAGCUUACCUAAGCACAUACUCUUACUUGACAGGGCCAAGAUGAGGGGCACAACCUGUCUUGAUACAGGGGAUAUACACAAAGCAUACUCACCAUGCGUAGGUAGGUGUCGAUACCAUGUAGCUAUGUGGAGGUAGCUUCGACCUAUAAAUCUCUACCCAGUCACUAUACUUUUCCCUGGUUGGUCUGCUGUCGGUCUGAUCAUUUGUGACCAAUGGAGUAUCUUGGAAGUUGGCUAUCUAUCUCUGGAGACAUUCAUUAUAUAUGGACAUUGUCCCUGAUUGUGUCCUAGUAUAGAAUAUCGGCAUCAAUAUCAAAAUCGACAUCAGUUGUAAGGUUACAAUACAACGACCUCCAUUACUUCUUACGACACAUUUAUCAAUCGCUUGAUAUGGGGCAUACUCGUUUCAUCAAUUGCUGGAAAUGUUCCCACGGCAACCUAGAUAACUCUCCUCUCAAUAUCAAUGAAGAUGGUAUGAUAAUUGACAACCAAUCUUGUGACGCUGGUGCGGAAGUGGUGGACCUUAAAGACAGUAUCAUCGCUCCUGGCUUUAUUGAAUUGCAAAUCAAUGGUGCUUUGGGUUUCCAUUUUGCAAAUUAUCUCGAUCCUACCAGUUAUCAUGAUGGUGUACAAAAGUUAUCGCAAUAUCUCCCAAGCACAGGAGUGACUGCGUUCUACCCCACAGUACCUACCGUCCAACCUGAUGUUUUUCAUAACGUCCUACCAUUUCUGAGACCAUCCAAUUCAUCUACCGGGGCCAGCGUAUUGGGUGCACACGUUGAAGGACCCUUCCUCACUCCGAGUAAGAAGGGUGCCCACAAUGCCGGAAAUCUGCUCAUUCCCGAAACUUCGACUCUUGAAGAUGUCUAUGAAAGAAACAAUCUCUUAAAUGCGAUUCGAAUUGUGACAAUGGCUCCAGAGCUACCAGGGGCAUUGGAGCAUAUCCAAAAACUGAGAGAGGAAUACACAAUUUCAGUGAGUAUGGGACAUAGUGCGGCCACCUAUGAGCAGGGGUUGAAGGGUAUGGACGCCGGUGCAUCUCUCUUGACUCACACCUUUAAUGCUAUGAAUCCUUUGCAUCAUAGGGAGCCAGGCCUAGUUGGUCUAAUAUCUAGUCCAAAAGCUGGAGACCGAUGGAAACCGUCUUUCUCAUUAAUUGCCGACUCUAUUCACCUUCAUCCAUCAAUAGUAUCCAUGGCCUAUCACGCCUCUCCAAAAAAGGCUAUCUUAGUAACCGAUUCCAUCGAGCUUUCCGGUCUUCCAGAUGGUAUUUAUCCUGGCCAUUCCCAGAUCCCGCAUCCACAGCUCAAAGUAGGGAACAAAGUGACUAUAGCUGGAACUGAAACCCUUGUUGGUACUUGUAUUCCACUGGAUCAGUGCGUCAGAAAUCUGAUGGAAUGGGCAAACAUACCAAUCGAGAAGGCCGUGAUGACAGUCACUGAAAACGUAGCAGCUCCGAUGGGGUUGGUGGAUAGAGGUGGCCUAGAAUCCGGCUGCAGAGGGGAUUUUGUGGUGAUGGAUAAACAAGGGUAUGUAAAAGAGACUUGGGUGCUAGGAAAGAAGGUAUGGAGCAGCAGUUGAAAACUCACAGCUCGAAUGUUCAAUACACGUAGAACCCAGGGUACUUUCGAAGUACUCAUACAAAUCCCUUCUUUCCCGUUGACAAUUUUUAUGAUUUCUUUAACCAUCUUCUAAGCCAAUACUUUCUCUCAAUAGCAAGUGUCAACCAACGGAUUUCGUAGCAUUUGCAAGUAAACUUUGAUGGCUGGUGAAUGAUUAAUUUCACUACGUCUACCACAAUUAUUCUAAUUCUCGAUUUAAACAUUAUCCUGAAGAUAACAAUUAUCUUAAAAGUC